UGAUUCGAUGAACUGCCAUCGAAAACAAAAUGAACACACUGAAUGCCAAGCAUUCACAUCGAACUGUGACAGAGUGCUUUAUUGACAAGUCGUUAACACACGAUGUCCACCACAAUUUAAUUGUAUAAUUGCAUAGCAAUCGGUUUUUAGUUUGAUUAAAUAUUAAGCAAUAAUCCGCACAAUGAAGAUGUCGUUUAAAUCCAAAUCGUCUGUGAUUUCAAAGUUGAAGAAAAAUGAAGCGACUCGGGGUUUUGUAAUCCGUCUAAGAGAUAUUCUAAAAUGUACGGUACAAAUGGAACGAAUAUCACCUGAACAAAUUGCGACAGCAUCACGCAUCGGGUGCAUACAAACCAAACAAACAAUGUAUGCACAACAACACGAUCACUGCUUUUCCAAAGUUUCGAUUGUUUCAUCUACUGAGCCCAUUGAAUCCACUGAAGAUGCUCCGAAUUUGUCAAUAAAAAAUUCGCCAGUCCAAAAUUCACCAGCACAAAUUGCUUUCGACGCAUUUGAAAACACAUACAGCCCAUCCGUAAGCAGUUUGAGUUCGAUCAGUGAUACAGACGAUUCAACUGACGAUAAUGAUAGUCCAAAAGAUGGCGAAAUUCCCUAUUCGACUUUAAUCAAGGAAAAUGGUGCCGACGCCGACGAAGUUGACGCAACAAAAGACGAACGCAUCACAACAAACGGUGUAACAAUUGGAAUCAAACAAAUAUCGACAAUGGGUGACAACCACACGGAAGGCUAUACAAACGGAAACGGCAUGGACUAUGAUAAGACACCAGAUUCAUUGGACGAAUUUGAUGACGAGGAUGAUGAUUUGCGAUUUUUGAACGGCAUUGCCGAGCAACUCGAUCGAACCGAUAAUGCGGAGGAUGCGUUGACAAAUUGUGAUGAAAAUGGUGAAUUUUGGCCAUCGAUACGAAUUUUUGGAAAUGUUUGCCUGAAACAUAUUCGUAGCGAAUGCUAUGGUCCGUACUGUAAUUUUUCGCACGAAUUGCCGGCUUCCGACUAUGUUGAAGAAAUGCUGAAAACAGUUUCACGUCAAGAGAUUCGUGAGGCACAAAAUCAAUUACUUCUUCGCAAUGAAAUUUUGAUGGAUACAUUUUUUGCGGUAUUCUGUAAGUUUUAUGGAUGUGAAUGGCAAAUGUAUCGUGAAUCAUUGCGCACAUUGAUCUCAGUUAUCAGCCUAAAACCAUUGGCAUCGUUGUAUUUGAAAGAGAUUUUAAACGGUUUUCUCAUCAGCGGCAUGGUGUACAGUACCUGUGUGGAACAGCUUUUGAUCGAAUUGGACGAAUCAUUGAAUUCGACGGAACAAUUCGAACUGAUGUGGGAGCUAAUAAUUGAUGCUAAAAAUGACAAAAUCGAUGAACAGCUUACGGAAUUCAAAUCAGUUUUGUUUGGUGGUGCAUUGAUCAGUGCGAGUGCAAUUAACAAAAUAAUCGAACUACAAAUUGCCGGCGAAUUGAAAUCUAUACGCGAUAUGGCUGUCAAUCUGGUGAAAAGAUCACAUCUUCUAACAUUUCAGAAAAUCGAUUCAGCAAAGCUGAAACAGUAUGUUCGGCACGUACGUUCAUUUGACAUGUACGCAAGCAAGGCCAUUGAACAGAGAGCCAAACAAUUCGGUAUGAAUUUGGAUUGUUGAAUACAAAUUACAUGAAUAACAAAGACAAACUAGAAUUUGUCAACAUUUAUAUCAUUGAAGUUUAAUAAAAAUUUAUACUUAACUGAACUAUUUUCGAUAAAAA